AUGGCUUCCAUCAACGACCUGGCCACGGCGGCCAUAGCCUCGUCCACCGCAACGGGAGCUCCUGCGGAGGAUGGCGGAGCCCCUCCCGCCGGCGUCACCCGUGGCGCCUUCAUUGUGUUCGAGGGUCUCGACCGCAGUGGUAAGACGACACAAGUAAAGCUUCUCGAGCAGAGGUUGGUCGAGCUGGGAAGGAAGACGAAGGCCAUGCGCUUCCCUGACAGGACAUCCCCUACGGGGAACAUGAUUGAUCAGUAUCUCAGGAGCAAUCUGGAGAUGGAGGACCACGUUAUUCACUUGCUAUUCAGCGCUAACAGGUGGGAGGCUGUAGAAUACAUCAAAUCUCUCCUCGCAUCAGGAACGACAGUCCUUUGCGAUAGAUACUACCUCUCGGGCAUCGUCUACAGCGCCGCCAAGCAGAAUCCCUCGCUCAACCUGCACUGGGCCCGCGCGCCGGAGCUGGGCCUGCCGAGGCCCGACCUUACCCUCUUCCUGGACCUUGAUGAGUCGGUCGCCAAGGAGCGUGGGGGCUGGGGAGGCGAGGUGUAUGAGAAGGCUGAGUUCCAGCGCCGGGUGCGCGAGCUGUUCUGGGGUCUUCAUCGUGGUCGGAUUGGGCCUGAUGGCACGUUAGGAGAGGAGGACCGCGAGGAUGCCGAUUUCCGCCAGGAGAAGGAGGACCUGGUUGUCGUUGAUGCCGGUGCUAGUGUCGAGGAGGUCGCGGAGGAAAUCUGGACAAAGGUCGGCCCUAGGCUUGAAGCGGUUGAGAAGGGUGAGUUUGGCGAUACCCCAAGAACGGUGUCGUAA